AUGGAUGAAUUUAUCAAAUGGCCAGAAAAUGAACAGGAAGAAACCUCUGAGCCACAAGCUAUUGAUAUCGGCGCAGAAGGAAUUGGUAUUGAAAAAGAUGAACAGGCAGUAAAUAUGGACAUGCCUAUAUAUAUACCUGUCUUCCUCUUUACUAAAUUAACUCCUAGAAGGGAGGCCGUAUAUUGGGUAGAUUUUUGUGGCUAUCCUUUAAUUGCCAACGACCCAAAUGAAUUACUAAUCUUGCAAAAUCAGAUGCAAGAUGAGGUACGACAAAGUGAAGCCCGGCAGUUAAUGACUUUACAAACCGGCAUUGACCCUGGGUGUAACCGAAGACUUGUGGAUAAUAAUGGUGUUUUUAUAUUACUUGUGAAAAUUGAGUUGGAUUAG